AUAAAAUGUGAUAAUGGGAUUCGAUUCAGCUUCCCCACUCCAUUCUUGAAUUGAUGUCAUACGAUGAAUAGUGGAUGAUAUUGUGAAUUGCACAAAUUGUUCAACUUCCUUCGGUCCUUCGUAACGACAGUGUGAUUUUUUUAUUCGAAUUUUAAGUGAAAGUGAACAAGAAAAUGGCUUUAAAAGUUCUAGUAGGACAAAAAAUAAUGAACGAGGUGAUUCGUUACAAGCCUCCAGCGCCGGCUGUUAAAAAAUCACCAGCAACAGGUCAGACCACCCCAACCAUUAUCAAGCCUGGCCAAGUUGAUUGGAGAGUCCUCGUGGUUGAUAAGCUGGCGAUGCGGAUGGUGUCAGCUUGCUGUAAAAUGCACGAGAUCAGCGCUGAAGGAAUAACUCUUGUGGAAGAUCUGAAUAAGAAACGCGAACCGUUGGCAUCAAUGGAGGCGAUCUAUCUGAUUACGCCAUCUGAAGAGUCCGUUCGCACCCUGAUGCGUGAUUUCGAGCAUCCAAAUCGUCCUUUGUACAAGGCAGCACAUGUUUUCUUCACAGAAGUAUGCCCUGAGGAAUUGUUUAACGAUUUAUGUAAAUCAUGUGCCGCAAAAAAGAUAAAAACUUUAAAGGAGAUCAACAUUGCUUUCCUUCCAUAUGAGAGCCAGGUAUUCUCGCUUGAUUCGCCGGACACAUUUCAAUGUUUCUACUCGCCAAUUUUCGUCUCUGCUCGUUCCAAAAACAUGGAUCGUAUUGCUGAACAGCUAGCUACUCUGUGCGCAACACUUGGAGAAUAUCCUCAAGUCCGGUAUCGAAGUGACUGGGAUAAAAAUGUAGAAUUGGCCGCUUUGGUUCAACAGAAGUUAGAUGCCUACAAAGCGGAUGAACCAACGAUGGGCGAAGGCCCAGAAAAAGCACGGUCUCAACUGUUGAUCUUGGAUCGUGGCUUCGAUUGUGUGUCACCCAUCCUGCAUGAACUCACAUUCCAAGCAAUGGCCUAUGAUUUAUUACCAAUUACGAAUGAUGUAUAUCGUUACACGCCUACACCCCAGUCGGCCGAAAAAGAAGUGUUGUUGGAUGAGAACGAUGAACUUUGGGUAGCCAAUCGCCACUCCCAUAUUGCUGUUGUAACACAGGAGGUCACACAGAAUUUAAAAAGGUUUACAGAAUCUAAACGUAUGACAGCAAGUGAUAAACAGACGAUGCGCGACUUAUCCCAGAUGAUCAAGAAGAUGCCCCAGUAUCAGAAGGAACUUUCCAAAUAUGCGACGCAUUUACACUUGGCUGAGGAUUGUAUGAGAUGCUAUCAAAGCUAUGUGGAUAAGCUAUGUCGAGUAGAGCAGGAUUUGGCUAUGGGGACCGACGCUGAAGGAGAAAAAAUAAAGGAUCAUAUGCGCAACAUUGUGCCUAUUCUGUUGGAAAAGGUAGAUGCCAAGAGUAUCUCAAAUUACGAUAAAGCUAGAAUUAUUGCGCUUUAUGUCAUGAUCAAAAAUGGAAUAUCAGAGGAAAAUUUGACAAAACUUUUUACACAUGCUCAGCUUCCACCUAAGUAUCAGGAUAUGAUCCGUAACCUAAGUUUUUUGGGAGUUAACGUUAUUGCCGAUAGCACACGUAAAAAGGCCUAUGCAGUGUCAAGAAAGGAAAGAAUCACCGAGCAUACAUACCAAAUGUCCCGCUGGACGCCUCUUAUAAAGGAUAUUAUGGAAGACUGUAUUGAAGACAAAUUGGAUUCCCGACAUUUCCAAUUCUUAGCGGGUCGUACACAGAAUAUUUCCUAUCGUGCACCAACGAGUGCUAGAUAUGGACAUUGGCACAAGGAUAAAUCACAAGCUGCCGUUAAGAAUGUCCCCCGAUUGAUUGUCUUCAUUGUGGGUGGUAUGAGUUUUUCAGAAAUGCGAUGUGCAUAUGAAGUGACGAAUUCAGUUAAAAAUUGGGAAGUUAUAAUUGGAUCAUCGCAUGUUUUAACGCCCGAAGUAUUUCUGAGUGACCUGGGAUGCUUAGCCAAAGAAGAUUAAAUGUCUAUUCAGAGGAGAUAAUUUCGCACAAAAUCAAAAGCAGAAACUACCCCAUUAAAGCUGGUACAGCUGGAAUGCAUAAAUGUUCAAUUAUUAAUACUACAUAUAUAAAUAAUAUGAAGAAAUCAUAUCUGUGUAGCUUUUUAGGGAAAUGGUCAACUCUUUUGAGUUUGAGUAGAAUGUGGAUAUAGAGAACUAUUUGAAAAAGUAUAUGUGCCCCACGAUAAUAGACGAAUUUAAAUUCCUGACAGUUGAUUUCAUGUAGGCUGCAUUUUAAUUACCCUGAAUUUUACAAUUACUGAAUUAUUUGAAAAUAGAACUGGUCCCAAACCACAUUAAGAUAAUUUUAAUCAAAUGCGCGAUUUAUACCGUACCCAAAUGACAUGGUUUCUUCCCACAUAUCUGCAUUAAAAUUGAAUUCGAAUCAGGGCUCUCGUGCUUCCGAUUGUAGCACUUAAAGUUUAAGACACUUUUCACCUGCGUCAAAAGGCUAGGGGAUGUUUUGAAUGACGCUUCCAGCAUACCAAAGGUAGCAUUUCCAUCGGAGUCAUCAGUGUUGAAUGAAUGAGACUUGGUUUGGGACUAUCAAUCAUAUAUAAAUCUAUACAAAUGGACCAAUCAAAUAUGAGAGUAGAAUGUUACAAAGCACACAAGAUAAGUACAAAAAUUAGAAAUUAUAAUAGAUGAUUGAGAUAUCCACGACAAUGCGGCUGAGGGUGCUUUGUUUCUGAUAGAAUUUGAUAAAAUAUAUGAUUCAGUUACGUAUUUUUUUCCCAUUUCUGCAAUUGGUUUUGUUAAACAUCAAAUAAUUUUGUAUGUGCCGAGUUUUCGGUAGCUUGUAAUAAAUGUAGAAUAUUACUAAUUACUAAUAAAUGGAGUGA